AUGCCUUUCGCCAAGCGGAUUGUGGAGCCGCAGUGGCUGUGCCGGCAGCGGCGCCCGGCCCCCGGCCCGGAGGAGGACCCGAGCCCGGGCAAUCACGAGCCCCCGCCGCCGCUGCAGGCGUCCUCGGCGGCGGCAGCGGUGCUGCUCAUGCUGGACCUGUGCGCCGUCAGCAACGCCGCGCUGGCCCGCGUGCUCCGGCAGCUCUCGGACGUGGCCCGGCACGCGUGCAGCCUCUUCCAGGAGCUCGAGAGCGACAUCCAGCUGACCCACCGCCGCGUCUGGGCGCUGCACAGCAAGCUAGGCGGCGUGCAGCGCGUCCUCGGCACGCUGGACCCCAAGCAGGAGGCAGUGCCUGUCUCCAACCUGGACAUCGAGAGUAAGCUGAGUGUGUACUACCGAGCACCGUGGCACCAGCAGAGAAACAUCUUUCUCCCGGCCACCAGGCCGCCCUGCGUGGAGGAGCUGCACCGCCAUGCCCGGCAGAGCCUGCAGGCGCUGCGCAGAGAACACCGGAGCCGGAGUGAUCGCCGGGAGCAGAGGGCCGCUGCUCCCCUUUCCGUGGCUGCUCCCCCACUGCCAGCCUACCCACCAGCUCACAGCCAGAGGAGGCGCGAAGCUAAGGACCGUCACUUCUUAACGUUUAACAGCACGCGUUCGCCCUCCCCCACUGAGUGUUGCCACAUGACCCCAUGGAGUAGAAAGUCCCAUCCCCCGGAGGAUGAAGAUACAGAUGUCAUGUUAGGGCAGCGGCCGAAAAAUCCAAUACACAAUAUUCCCUCAACACUGGACAAGCAGACCAACUGGAGCAAAGCCCUACCUCUCCCCACGCCAGAGGAGAAAAUGAAACAAGAUGCCCAAGUGAUUUCUUCUUGCAUUAUCCCCAUCAAUGUCACUGGAGUUGGUUUUGACAGAGAGGCUAGCAUCCGCUGUUCUCUUGUUCACUCACAAUCCGUACUACAGAGGAGACGCAAAUUGAGGAGGAGGAAAACCAUCUCCGGUAUUCCCAGGAGAGUCCAACAGGAAAUAGAUUCUGAUGAAUCGCCAGUGGCCAGGGAGAGGAAUGUGAUUGUGCACACAAACCCAGAUCCCACCAACGCUGCCAACAGGAGGUCCGGAACCAGGGACACCGAGUGCCAAACUGAGGAUAUUCUUAUUGCCGCCCCCUCCAGGAGGAGAAUCAGGGCUCAGAGGGGUCAGAGCAUUGCCGCUUCCCUUUCUCAUUCUGCUGGCAACAUCUCUGCGCUGGCAGACAAAGGCGACACCAUGUUUACCACUACAGUGAGCAGCCGCACAAGAUCUCGCAGCCUGCCCCGGGAGGGUAAUAGAACCGGGGAUGCUGAGCCCAAGGUUGGUGCUAAACCCUCAGCAUAUGAAGAGGGGGAGCCUUUCCUGGGUGACCACGAAAGAGCUCCCAAUGACUGCAGUGAGGCCCCCAGCAGCCCAGGCGCGCAGGAACACCAGCCUCCUCUAGGUCUCGCCUGUUCCCAACAUCUCCACAGCCCCCAGCACAAGUUAAGUGAGAGGGGGCGGUCCCGUCUGUCCAGAAUGGCGGCUGACUCGGGCAGCUGUGACAUCUCCUCCAACUCGGACACCUUUGGAAGCCCCAUCCACUGCAUCUCCACGGCUGGCGUCCUCCUCAGCAGCCACAUGGACCAGAAAGACGACCACCAGUCAUCCAGCGGGAACUGGAGCGGGAGCAGCUCCACGUGCCCUUCGCAAACCUCAGAGACAAUCCCUCCGGCGGCAUCUCCUCCCCUCACUGGCUCUUCGCACUGUGACUCGGAGUUGUCACUCAACACUGCUCCCCAUGCCAAUGAAGACUCCAGUGUGUUCGUGACAGAGCAGUACAAUGACCAUGCCGACAAAGUGAGAGGCCACCGGGCGAACUCCUUCACCUCCACAGUGGCGGAUCUUCUGGAUGACCCCAACAACAGCAACACGAGUGACAGUGAGUGGAACUACCUACACCAUCAUCACGAUGCCUCCUGCCGCCAAGAUUUCAGUCCCGAGCGUCCCAAGGCGGACAGUCUGGGCUGCGCAAGCUUCACGAGCAUGGCCACCUAUGACAGCUUCCUGGAAAAGUCCCCCUCGGACAAAGCCGACACGAGCUCUCACUUUUCGGUGGACACGGAGGGGUACUAUACCUCCAUGCACUUUGACUGUGGUCUCAAAAACAAUAAGAGUUAUGUUUGCCACUAUGCAGCCUUGGGCCCUGAGAACGGACAGAGUGUUGGGGUUCCUCCUGAUGUUCCAGACUGUGCCUGGCCAGACUACUUAGACCCCAGGAGGCAAGGGAGACCAAGCAUCUCUUUCCGAAAACCAAAGGCGAAGCCGACCCCACCUAAGCGCAGCUCCUCGCUGAGAAAGUCUGAAGGAAAUGCGGAUAUUCCGGAGAAGAAAGAACCAAAGAUCAGCAGUGGUCAGCACCUGCCUCAUAGCUCCAGGGAAAUGAAGCUGCCUCUUGAUUUCUCCAACACGCCUUCUCGGAUGGAAAAUGCCAGUCUUCCUAGCAAGCCAGAAGCUUCUUGGGUGAACCAGAGUGAACAUGGGGUUAAGGAACCUCAGAUGGACACUGCAGGUAUCCCACCAUUCAAAGAUGAAGGUGCUGAAUCAACUCACUAUGCAGAUCUCUGGCUUCUCAAUGACUUGAAGACAAACGAUCCUUAUAGGUCUUUAUCGAAUUCAAGCACUGCUACGGGUACCACAGUUAUUGAGUGUAUCAAAUCUCCAGAGAGUUCUGAAUCGCAAACAUCCCAGUCGGAAUCAAGAGCGACCACUCCAUCUCUACCUUCUGUUGACAAUGAGUUCAAACUGGUUUCACCAGAGAAGCUGGCUGGCUUGGCAUCUCCAUCAAGUGGCUAUUCAAGCCAGUCUGAAACGCCAACAUCCUCUUUCCCCACUGCUUUCUUCUCUGGCCCAUUGUCUCCUGGAGGUAGCAAGAGGAAACCUAAAGUCCCAGAAAGGAAAUCCUCCCUCCAGCAGCCUGCUUUAAAAGAUGGGACUCUAUCAUUGAGUAAAGACCUUGAACUUCCAAUUAUACCUCCUACUCAUCUUGACCUAAGUGCUCUUCAUAAUGUCUUGAAUAAACCAUUCCAUCACCGUCACCCACUGCAUGUUUUUAGUCAUAACAAGCCAAACACCUUAGGAGAUACUCUGAGGUCAAAUCCUCCGCCAUCCCUGGCAAUUACACCAACAGUCCUGAAAUCUGUUAGCCUUAGGUCCAUCAGUAAGUCUGAAGAAGUCAAGCAAAAGGAAGGCAACAAUACAGAUCUCCCCUACUUAGAGGAAAGCACUCUCCCAACAGUGGCCUUGUCUCCAGGGAGGAUUCGGCCGCCUAUAACUAAGAAAUCGCUCUCACGUCAGUACUCCACUGAAGACACCAUACUAUCCUUCUUAGAUGCCUCUGCAAUUGAGACGGGACCAGAUAAACUACCUUUGGGAAAAAACUCUACGUUUGAGGUGAAAAAUCAUUGUGAUCCAGAAACUGCAUCUUCCACUGGUAGCAGCAGCAUUCUAGACUCUAAUGUCUCAAAAGGCCAAAUACAUAUGGAGAGUGAGCCAAUUUCAGGAAAUGCAUCGAGUAAAAACUAUGCCUUCUCUCCAGAAGAAUUCCAGAGAGUCUCUGCUGCCCACUCAAGUGAUUUUGAUAGCAAAAUAACACACUUUGGGGCUGGUCUCGACAGAACCCUAGAACAGGUCCAGAAGGCAUCCUCUGUAGAUUGGGAGGAAGCUGCCCAACCUGAACCUGGGGAGGUGACCGCAUUUCAAUCCAACUCACCAACUAGAGCAACAGACAUAAGCAAUGAACUUAAGCAUCACCUUGCUGUGAGCCACCACCAUGACAAAGUGCCUGGGAAUAUCAGCUAUGAAUCAGAUUUAUCCACUGUAAAUUCAACCCCUGACAAAUGUUCCGAGCAGGAAACUAUUGCUUCAGGUAUUUCAGCCAAAAGUGCCUCUGAUAACAGCAGAGCAGAGGAGAUCCAAGGAAGUGUGGAUGAGGCUUCACUGAAAGAAUCCUCACCAAGUGAUGACUCCAUCAUUUCACCACUCAGUGAAGACUCUCAAGCUGAAGUGGAAGGUGCAUUUGUGUCUCCAAACAAACCUCGUACAACUGAGGAUUUAUUUGCAGUCAUUCACAGAUCCAAAAGGAAAGUCCUUGGAAGAAAAGAUUCUGGGGACAUGUCUGUUCGAAGCAAAUCCAGAGUCUCAGCUAGCAGCAGUGGCAGCAGUGCUGGCUCCGUCACAACACCCAGCAGCAGCGCAACAACCCCAACCAGCCAAAGGUCUCCUGGGCUCAUCUACCGCAAUGCCAAAAAGUCCAACACGUCAAACGAAGAGUUUAAGCUGCUACUUCUCAAGAAAGGCAGCCGCUCCGAUUCCAGCUACCGCAUGUCUGCCACCGAGAUCCUCAAGAGUCCCAUCUUGCCCAAACCCCCUGGGGAUCUUGCAGUGGAUUCCCCUCAGGUCACUGAUGAGGCCCAGCAGGGGUCACCUGGGACAGAGGCAUUGUCCCCUCUCUCUCCAUGCUCCCCACGAGUAAAUUCAGAGGGGUUCUCCUCAAAGAACUUUGUCACCUCAGCAUCGGCAAGGGUUGGGCGGUCGCGGGCACCCCCUGUAGCCAGCAGCAGCCGUUACAGCGUCCGCUGCAGGCUGUACAACACUCCCAUGCAGGCUAUCUCUGAAGGCGAGACGGAAAAUUCAGACGGGAGCCCGCACGACGACCGCUCCUCCCAGAGCUCAACCUAGAUGGCCUGGGCCAGAUGGUCUGUCAGCUGUCACAGCCCCUAGUGAUACAAGAAUGUCAGGGGGCACAGAGGACCCAAGAGAAGGAAAACUAUCAUGGGGUACCAUCAUUGCUUGCCAAUGAAUUUCUAAAUAUAUGCUGGGGAACAUAAGAGGUAGUUUAGUAAUUCUUUAUUAUUUUACAUUUUUAAGUAACAUACUCUCAUGUUUUUUAUUUACCUUAGUUUGAUUGACCCAAUACCAUUCCUUUUGAUAAUGUAGAGUUCAAAAAUUAUCUACUUUUCACGGAACCUAGAAAAGGUUUUCCCAGAGCUGCCUAUUCAGAAACGCAAACCCCUCACUGUCAUGAUUCUUUAAGGAGAUGAAAUUACUCUGGAGGUUUGGUAUUUUUUUACAUUAAAAUGAACUAGAGCAAAAUUUAGAAGAAAGAACUACACAUAUGUAAAUACCAUAUUUUUGAUAAAGAAUGUAAAUAGAUUUAUCAACAAUGAGUGGACAUGUGGCCAAUUAUUUACCGCACACCAACUGUUUAUAGAAAACAACAAAAAAAAUAGAAUGUAAUAAUUGUAUUCUGUGAAUACCAUUUUCAUAUCAAGUAGCAUAUUUAAAUGUCCACCAAUAUGAUUUUCUGAAUGAUAAACCUCAACUGUGGAUCUUAAACUAGUGAAAAAAGGAAAUCUUGAGAUCAUGGACUGAAAUGAGAUUAAUUUAAAAUAAAUAAUUCAGACUUAACCAUUUCUUCUGACAAAUUUCAACACAAAACACGCUAAUAGCACGUGGCUACGAUGUGUCACGUGGUAAUUUGGGCAGAAUGAAAAGCAUGCUUAUGAUUUUUUCUUUCAUUAAAGAGAAGUCAUUACUUUCGACACAAAUCCCUGAACAACAACAUUGACAGUGUCCUUUCGACUUCGAAUUUUUCAGCGGAUUGCUUUCAUGAGAAUAAGUAGGGAAACAGUAGUUCAUUUUAGGUUAUGUUUUAUAGUAGGCGGCUGGGGAUAUAAGCAGUCUUCAUCUAAUGGCUAGAAUCUUUAAACUUCUUAAACAGUUUAGCAGUUAGCUCCAGGUUCUUAAACUAAAGACAACAAAACCUAAGCAUGCCACAGAGCUGUUGAUAUUUGAAUAAGUACCUGCAAUGAGUUUUCAGUGAAGCUUUCUCUCUGUGUUGGCAAAAUUCAUGCUACCUAAAAAUGAACAGAAAUGACACUGUGAAGAAUGUAGCUUGGGAAAUAAGGAUGAAUAUGCAUUAUUUAUCGUCGCUGUUAAACCGAGAAUGGGGAACAGCUCUGGUUCACAAUGCUACAUACAACUGAGUUUCGUCUGAUUUUACUAUUUCUGCUUGAUGGCAAAGGGGUGGGGUGGUGGGUGGGGAAGGAAUUGUCAGGGCAACUGAGUGUUCUCUGAUAAAAUGAAGGCAGGGAAACAAGCUGAAUUACUUGAAAUUACUUGAAUUUUCUUGUCUUAAAACUGAAAGGAAAAUGUAGUUACAAAUUGAAAUCUGCAACUAGAGUCUUUACACCUCAGAUUUUAAAGUGAACUGACACAAAAUGUUUGAAACUAUAUGUCAGAAAUAUAAGCAGCUAUGUAUUUAGAAUAUGUUUUGAGUGAGAGGCGGUAGAAAGUAGAGAGAACUAUGAAGAGCUGUGGCCUAAAAGGAAUAGAAUGUGGUUAGAAUGAUAGGAAAUUCCAGGUUUACCAAGGCAUUGAUAAGCAGCAGGCUUUAAGCUUAAGCAAGUGGUAUUUGGGAAAGUAGGAUGUGUGAAAGGGGGUUUGUGGUUUUGAUUGAACUCAUGAGGUAUGAAGGGGAAUGCCUGAUCUAAGAAGAUACUGUCUUUCAAUAGAAACACUAUAAAAUGUAACAGAAUUAGGAAUUAGAGAAUCUGAUUGCUGUUGGUUUUUUGUUUGUAAAGAAAAAAAGAUAAUGUCUUGUUUCUUCUCUUUGUUUUCACUACAGAAUUGUGUUUCUUGAGUUCUUGUCAUCCUUGUAUGUAAAAUGGGUGCUGGGGGUGGAGGGGUAGAAGAGGAGGGAGUGUGUGUGUUGCGUGCGUGUGUGUAUGUGUGUGUGCACAAGAUAGGAUAGAUAAGCUAUUUGGUAGAGGGUUUGAACAUUUACAAAGUGUUAUAAUUUUUAUUAAAAGAAAAAUGUUUUAGGGGUUUGAAAAACUGGACUACCAUUUCUCAUUGGAACCAUUAGUUAAGAAAGCCAGCAUGGUUUAACACCACAUGAGAACAUGAGUAAAUUUCUUUUUUCCUCAUGCUUUCAAAAGUACACUUGGCAAAAUUUUAAAAAUAACAUUUUUAGAAAAAUGUAAUAAGCAUUCAUUUCCAGUCACAAUAGGUGAUCUUUUGUCAUUUUCAUAAAAGCAGUUCAUUUGCAGUGUGGCUUUUGUGUAGUUAGGGGUUUUUUAAGCUUAAAGAAAGGUAUGUAGGUGUAAAAGUUAUUCUAAAUCUUGACUAGAAAACAAAUUGGCUUUAAUAAAAAUGUCACCUUUUUAUUAUUGACAUUAAUUUAAGUAAUGGUACCAUAUAUAUUUUAAAAUACAUAUUGACUUGAAUUGUGAGGCAAUAAAUAGCUUCUAUAUGUAAUGAUCACAGAACUAACCCUUAUAAUAUAGUUUUACUUAUUUUGUUUACUCUAAAAAUCUAUAGCAGAGUUUCUCUAUUUUAUAUUUCAUAGUUUAAAAAAAACCCAAAUAAAGAUGGAUUUAAAAUUCACUGUGGAAAAGAUUAUUGAAUAACACAAUAAUAAUAAAGCAGGAAGUCCCUUAAUAAUUAGAAAUAUUCUACAUGGCUUUCGAGCUCUCAAAACCAAGAGUUAGGGCUGACUUUAACAUCACUGCUGUCUUGAAGCAGGAUACACACAUUAGGUAUAGUAAGAACAUGAAUCCAAACUUUUCUUCUGUUUGCACUGAUAUUCUUCGCUCCCCUCCUUUUCAUAUUUCUACAACCAUGUGUAGGUUUUGUGGGGAAUUCUUUUUCCUUGCUUUUUGAUUCUGCCUUCCCCCCCCCCUUCAUUUUUUUCUUUUUUGGCUAAGUAGAAGAAUUGGACUAGUGGUAGCAAACAAAACACACUGUUUGCUCUAGCCAAAGGUCAGUGAGUGAGUGCAUUUGCUGCAGUAUUGGCAGAUUCUGAGAACUAGAUCAAGACAAAGAUUUUAAAACUAUUAAGAAGGUUACAGUGUAACUAUUUUGGUACUAGAACCAGUUCAUGCUGGCCGAAAAGACAAUGGUUUAUGGACUUGCAUCCAUUUUGUAUUUUUGUAAUAUUUGUAAAUACGAACUUUUUAAAUUGUUGCAGAGAUGGUUUCUUUUGUAAGAUGUUUUCAACGUUUACAUUCAAUCCAAGCCUUUGUAUAUUUUAGAGCUGUGCAACACUUUAAGUCUUGUAUUUAUUUUUAGUAAAAAUGGUGACAGUUUCAUUGUGAACCCCUCUCCAAAAAAUGUAUCAGAAAAGUUUGAUUACCUAGAAAGUGUGUAUAGAAACCGCAAAUAAA